UCACGGGGCAGGCGUGAGCACCGCCCAGGUUGCUCUCGCGAGAGCGUAGGCUCGGGGCGCUCGUGCGCUGCUCACGGUAGCUGGCUGAGGCGAACGGCACGGGACAGAGGCGCCGGACCGUCAAAAGCGGAAGAGUAAUGGGAGACGAUCGCCCUUUUGUGUGCAGCGCCCCUGGCUGUGGGCAGCGUUUCACAAAUGAAGACCAUUUGGCCGUGCACAAACACAAGCAUGAGAUGACUUUAAAGUUUGGACCGGCAAGGACGGACUCUGUCAUCAUUGCAGAUCAGACUCCCACCCCAACCCGCUUCUUGAAAAACUGUGAAGAAGUCGGCCUGUUCAAUGAGAUAGCCAGCUCCUUUGAAAAUGAAUUCAAGAAAGGAACAGAGGAGGAUGACGACAAGAAAAGUGCGGGCCCACUGGACAUGUCUCUGCCUUCAACUCCAGACAUCAGAAUCAAAGAGGAAGAGCCGGUGGAGGUGGACUCGUCCCCUCCGGACAGCCCAAGCUCUCUGCCUGAGGAAAAGGUGCCAUUGAAGCCACAGGUCAGCUCUACGCCCACUCCGACAAUUGUACGGCCCGGCUCUCUACCCCUUCACCUGGGCUACGACCCUCUACACCCCACACUGCCUUCCCCCACAUCGGUCAUCACACAGGCCCCUCCGUCCAACAGACAGCUAGGUUCUCCCAGCAGUUCUGUGCCUCUCAUGAUGCAGCUAAGUAAUGGGCAGACUGUCCCAUUCCUUCCAGGUCCCCAUGUACAGAUGCCAUCUGUUAUUUCACUGGCAAGACCCAUGUCCUUAGUGCCCAACGUUCCUGGGAUUCCUGGUCCUCCGGUGAUCGGUGGGGCAGGGCACAUCUCUCCGUCGGGACUUUCCAUUCAUUCGGAAGCCAAAAUGAGACUUAAAGCCUCCCUUACACACCAGGCUCCCUCUUCUCUAAAUGGGGGGAUGGCUAUGGUAACCUCUCGGCCUGAGCAGAGUCAGAUCCUCGUCCAGCAUCCCGAUGCACCGUCUCCCGCACAGCCCCAGGUCUCUCCUGCGCAACCCACCCCAAGUACAGGAGGUAGAAGACGCAGAACAGUUGAUGAGGAUCCGGAUGAACGCCGGCAACGCUUCUUAGAGAGGAAUAGAGCAGCUGCUUCCCGUUGUCGACAAAAGAGGAAGGUUUGGGUGUCCUCUUUAGAGAAGAAAGCAGAGGAGCUAACCACUCAAAAUGUGCAGCUUAGUAACGAGGUGACUCUUCUGCGGAAUGAAGUUGCUCAGUUAAAGCAGUUGCUGCUGGCGCAUAAGGACUGUCCGGUAACCGCACUGCAAAAGAAGAACCAAGUAUAUCUUGGUGAGUUCUACAAAGUGAGAGAAAACCUGAAGGACAGAUGCGAUGUGACCGGUUCUCCGGUUCCAGUCACCCAGCACAGUUCGUUAUCGGCUGCCUCUCCUAACGGUCUGCGUUCACCAGCAGAACACAUGGCCACCUCGGUGCUCACGCAGAUGGCCAGCCAAAGGACAGACGGCCACAGUCAACUUCUACAGUCGCAUGUGAUCAUGUCACCACAGUCACAGGCAGCCAGCAGAUGAUGAAACCAGGCCAUCCAACAUAGAACUAAUCAAUGGGAUCUCUCAGCCCCAGAGACUGAGCAGAAUAACUAAGCCCCAGUACAAGAUGGGCGGAUAUGGAUUAUAAAUAUAUAUAUAUAUACAUAUAUAUUUGAUUUUAAAGUUCGGUAAAGGGUGAAUAAGGAGCUUUUUACUACACAGUCAAACACAUGCCUAUUAAAGCACUAACUUAAAGAUUCCAA